GGCGCGAAAUCUCACACUGCAGUUUUGUUUACAGUGAGAAAAAGACACUAAUUUUACCGAAAUUUGCAUAAAUUUGAAGAAAGUCUGCAGUAUUUCAGGAACGAAAGGCUGAUUUUCAAUUAGUAUAGUGAUGUUUUACCGUAAGAAGUGUUUUGUUUAAGCGUAAUACUGUUUCAAACAGUCGAAAUAUGGGUAUCACAGGCCUGAUCCCGUUUUUGGAGAAAGCAUCCAACAAAACACAUCUACGAGAUCUGCGAGGCCAAUGUGUCGCAAUCGAUAGCUACUGUUGGUUGCACAAGGGAGCAUUUGCCUGCGCGGACAAACUCGCCCGCGGCGAUAAAACGGACAUUCACAUACAGUACUGCCUGAAGUAUAUUAAUUUGUUGCUUUCUCAUGAUAUCAAACCAAUUCUGGUAUUCGAUGGACGACAUCUUCCAGCAAAGGCUGCCACGGAAGCGAAACGACGUGAGUCCAGAGAGAGUUCGAAGAAAAAAGCGGCUGAGCUACUACGGAACGGUCAGAUUGAGGAAGCUAAAAGCUAUUUACGACGCUGCGUAGACAUCACCCACGAAAUGGCUUUACAAUUAAUACAGGAAUGUCGGAAGAGGAACAUCGACUGUGUAGUAGCUCCGCAUGAAGCCGAUGCCCAGUUAGCUUACCUCAAUAGAAAGGGAAUCGCACAGGCAAUUGUAACGGAAGAUUCAGAUUUGAUGUUGUUCGGAUGCAGUAAAGUUUUAUUCAAGUUGGAUCUAACGGGGUAUGGUUUACUGAUCGAGUCGAACAAGCUCUACCUCGCUAUGGGUUGUAAAGAAGAGAAAUAUUCGUUUGACAAAUUUCGUUAUAUGUGCAUUUUGUCGGGUUGCGAUUAUAUAGAUUCAUUGCCCGGAAUCGGCCUGGCAAAAGCUCGAAAAUUUGUUUUAAUGACGGAAGAAAGUGACAUGCGAAAGGCACUGGACAAAAUUCCUUCCUACCUAAACAUGAGACAGCUAACCAUUUCGGAGGAAUACAAGACAAACUUUCUGAAAGCAGAUGCUACUUUCAAGCACAUGGUAGUAUAUGAUCCCACAAACCGCACACAAAUCCGACUGAAUGAUCCUGACGCAUUUGGAACUGACCUUGAUCUGUGUUGUAAUGCAGGGACAUUUCUGGAUAAUGAUACCGCAUUCCAGUUAGCACUGGGUAACAUUGAUCCAUUUUCUAUGAAAAAGUUAGAUAAUUGGCAUCCGGACGAUCCGAGUUGGAAAGCUACGGGCGGACAGACUGCGGACUGGAAGCAAACGAGCAUCGCAAAACAUGUCAGUAUUUGGAAAAGUAACUAUGUACAACGAAAACUUAGUCCGGUAAAAAUUCAAGAAAAUCUCACUAUAAGAAAUGUGUUUAAACAAUCAGAAACAGUGAAACGGCCGGUCCCCAAUCCAGAUUUUGAAAAUGCUGAAAAGAAUCAGUCAAUUGAUGAUGUGCUAGAAUUGUAUGGAAUAAAACCGAAUGAACAGCCUCCUUUGAAAAAACUUUGCAUGACUAUGUCAUCCGAAAGCCGGCGGAAAAAGAUAGAUUUCGAAGAAAUUCAAGUGUUGGAUAGUAUGGCUGCAUUGGAAAAUAGUCCCAGUAAACCGACGGUACGAAGGAAUCCGUUUCAGGUUGCUUCAACAGGGCCUAUUUCAAUCAUUCAUCGAUCCUCGGCAACCGGAAUGCUUUCCCCAACAAAAAUCACACCGGAAACGUCAUCACUUUUACGGAAUGUAAGCCCUGUUAAACGCCUUGAGUUUGAUAGCAAUCUUACAAGCCAACAGAAGGUUACGAAAUGCGAAAAACUAAGCCGUUUUAAGCGAACUGUCACGAAAGGCGAUCGAGGGCAAAAAGUUAUAAGUAGAUUUUUUUCUGCAAGCUCUUCGAGUGCAACAACCUGCCAAUCCAUAACUGAAUAUCAAAGUGAAACCAAAGAUUCAGUUGAGGUUGAGACAUCUCCCUUGGCUGCUGCGAGUGUGUAUCUUCUAUCGCCGGAAGCGAAACCACGCCAUCGAGGGGAACAGACUCCGAAGAAGCAAAAACCUAGCUUGAUUAGAGAGGAAUUUUACUCGUCACCGGAUCCACCCGUUAAAAGUGAACCACCGAUCCAACCAGUAGAUAGUGGUUUCGUAGAGGAGCCGGAUGUAGGCUUUAGUUCAUCGCAGAAGGAGAAUGAGAGCACUGAUAUGAACAGUGGAACAUCUUCACGUUUACGGUUGUUUGUAAAGACUGAACCGAGUCAACUUGGUGACAGUUCGGCUAAAGUAGGUAAGGACGAAGAUGACACAGUGGAAGAAAAUAGUUCACCACAGGAAGAAAACAGGACUGAAAUUCUACACGAAGAAGACAAGGCUUCUGAGCCGGAUAGUUCGAACAAAUCGGGGACCGGCAGUACACAGAAAAAGUCUGCUGCAUGUAGACGGAUGGGGCUUUCCAAAGUGAAGAAGCUGAAGGAUGUUGGACCGACGCAAAGUAAAUUGUCGAUGUUCGGUUUCCAGAAGAAAGUGCAGUUGACUGGUACAAUUGAAUAAUUUUGUUGACAAUAUUGUUUCGUGACGUAUGUAAUUAAACAGAAUAGAAUUGUUUUUUUGAAUAAAAGUUAUGUUAUAAUGCUA